AUGUUUCUAUACUUAAUUGUUGCUGUGGCUUUUCUAAUUUAUUUUUGGUUUAAGAAAAAACAUUCAUUUUGGAAAGAUCAUGGCUUUAUUUAUCCAGAACCAUCGUUUCCUUUAGGAAAUUUAAGUGGCAUUGGUGUAAAAGAACAUUUUAGUGAAUAUGUAAAGCGACAUUAUGAUCAAUAUAAAAACAAAUCACCAGCUUUUGGGAUGUAUUUAGUUGCAAAUCCUGCAUUGGUCAUAACUGAUAUUGAACUCAUAAAAGACGUGAUGGUUAAACAAUUUGAAAGCUUUCAUGAACGAAACUUUUACGUUAAUAAAAAGGCAGAUCCAUUAUGGAACAAUUUAUUUACUGUUGGUGGUCAGGAAUGGAAGGAUUUAAGAGCUAAAUUGAGUCCAACAUUUACAAGUGGUAAAAUCAAAAUGAUGUUUCCAAUUGUAGCUGAAGCUGCUGAUCGCAUGGUUGAAUAUUUAAAGCAUGAUACCAUAACUCAAAGAGAAUUGGAAGUGAAGGAAAUAUUUUCAUCAUUUACUACAGAAGUCAUAGCUAAUGUGGCUUUCGGAUUGGAUAUAAAAUGUCUUGGACAUCCAGAUAAUGAAUUCAGAAGAGUCACAAAGUUUGUUUUUGAUCCUCCAAUAUGGUACAAUUUGAAAAACUUUUUAAUUUUUGCUUUACCGGAUGUUGCGAAAUUCUUCAACAUGGUUCUAAGUCCACAAUUUGUCACUGACUUUUUUAUGAAUACAGUCCGUGAUAAUAUGGAACACAGAGAAAAAAAUAAUAUUCGUAGAAAUGAUUUCUUCCAAUUGCUCCUUGACAUUAAGAACAGCGAUGUAGGAAUGUCUUUCAAUGAGAUGGCUGCUAACAGCUUCAUCUUUUUUUCCGCAGGGUUUGAAACGAGCUCCAGUGCAAUUACUUUCUGUACUUAUGAACUGGCUCUUAACCAAGACAUUCAAGAUCGAUUGAGAAAUGAAAUUGAAGAAAUUUUGAUAAAGUAUAAUGGGGAAUUGACUUAUGAUGCAAUUGCAGAGAUGAAAUAUUUGGAUAUGGUGUUGAGUGAGACAUUGAGAAGGUAUCCAGUUAUAGACACUCAUCUAAGAAAAAGCGUUAAGGAAUAUAAAAUACCAAAUACUAAUUUGGUUAUACCAGCAGGAUGUCCCAUUUUCAUUCCAGUUGGUGCUGUUCAAAACGAUGAAAAAUAUUUUGAAAACCCUCAAAAAUUCAACCCUGAAAGGUUUACUCCAGAAAAUAUCAAGAAACAAAUUCCAUACACCUACAUGCCAUUCUCUGAGGGUCCUCGAAUUUGCAUUGGUUUACGGUUUGGAUCAAUGCAGGCAAAAAUUGGAUUGAUCAAACUUUUGAGAAAUUUUAAAUUCCUCGUUUGCAGUAAAACCUUGAUUCCAAUGAAAUUUGCACCUAAUUCUGGUUUCCAAUCACCUUUUGGUGGAAUGUGGCUUAAAAUUGAGAGCACUAAAUAA